UCUUCUCUAACUAAAGAAAAAUAAGGUAACGAUUGGUUCAGACGCCUGGAAACCACGGUUCACGUUGUAAUUGCCAUUUUAUAAGUGUACGAAGAGCUUGAUGAAAAAUUGGAAUCGGGUAAAAAAUUACCAAAAAGAUAGAAAUAUAUUAUAAAUAAAAAAGGGAAAUACCGAAUAUUGUGCUUGUGAACAUAUUAACUUUGUAGCAAUUGCUUUCCUUGACAUAUGCAUUAAUAUAAAUAAACAUAUGAAAAAUAAAAGGAAUUAGCUGAAAUUGUGGAGGAAAACAAUUCGCUUAAGGAAUGCAAAUUUGUAAUAUGUGGCCCAAUGAAAGUGUGGUGAGAUUUAGUUCCCUUUUUUUCUUGUUUGCAAAAACAAUAGAGAAAAAUUUCUAUUCCAUUAUAUUAAAAAUGGAAUUUUGAAUGGAUUUCUUUGACAGGAGGCAAGAAUUUUGCAAGCAAGUGAUUGACCUCUUAGUGCUUAAUAAAAUUUUAUGUUCACAAUAAUAUUGAUUGAAUGUUUGUUAGCAACUGAAAGCGAAUGAAACAGAAAAAAAAAAUUAAAAAGUAUUUUGAAAGCAUAUAAUAAAAAAAGAAAUAAUGUAUGGAGAAUGGGUGUCAUUGUCCACCCAGAUUACUGCUAAUAGUUGUGGAGCUCAAAGUUAUAGUGUAUUGAAUAAAUUUCCAGCUAGUGCUGGUCGCGAAGUUGCCGUUUCAGUAGUUAAGCAGUUAGCUUCAAAUUUGGGAAUAACUCAAAAUGCAGAACCAAGUCAUUUGGUUAAAGAUGAAGAGGUUAACUGGUGCAUGGAUGUUAUAUGUUUCGGUUUAACUCUACCACUGCAAGAGCAUGAAACCAUCAAGGAUUGCGUUAACGUAUACUGCGAAUGGCUGACUGCAUUACAUCCUCAGCCACGUAUUAGCGUACCUAAACCUAUAUGUGAAGAUGCUAAUAUGUAUUGUCGUAAAAUUAUUAAUCAUUUCCAUAAUUUGUUCGUACCCAGGCAUGGUGAAAGUGCAGAUACUAUUAAUCGCCAGGCAGUAUUAUGUCAUCGGGUUUUGCGUACCUUACAGCAAACAGCACAAAUAUCGCAAACCAUGGAUCGGCAGACAUGGGAGGCUUUAUUAUUGUUUCUGUUGGCUAUCAAUGAAACUCUAUUGGCGCCACCUACCAUUAAAGAUGACGUUGGUGACCAGCUAUGUGAAAGAGUUCUAUCGGUGUUGUUUGAGGUUUGGCUAUUGGCGUGCGUGCGCUGUUUCCCUUCACCAUCAUUGUGGAAAACUUUACAAGAAUCAUGUUCUAUAUGGCGACAUAGGGUAGCAUUAAUAGAUCAAUGGAAUCGUGUUAAUUUAGCUUUAACGGCACGUCUAUUAGAUUUUACCUAUGGAUCAGCUUUUCCGGAACUUAAAAUCUCUGAGGAGGAUGCCCAACUUAUUCCGGCGGGUAUGACUGAUGAUUGCGUUGCUCAAACAUGGUAUCGUUUUUUGCGCACUAUAGGCAAUCCAACCGCUCUCUGUUCACCUCAUAUUAUAAGUAAAUCUUCGCAUUUUGUUCAGUGGGCUUUAACGCAUGAUAAAGGAGCGGAAACUUAUCAACAUCCCUGUUUGCAAAUUCUGCCAUUAAUUUUUCUAAAAGCAAUUAAAGGAAUUUCAAAUCAAGUUGAUGCAUUUCUGGGCAUUUACGUACCACCUCCACGCACGGUUGAUGAUGUCGUCACCAAUUUAAUGGAUAUUCGGUUAGCUUUAAAUGAAGCUACAACCAAUAAUGCAAACAAUAGUAAUGCUAUGAAUUCAUCCUCUGCAUUAUCAACUUCAUCUGCAACGGCACAUCAUCACCAUCAUCAUCUUGGUUUCUUCCAUCACGGCAAUAUAACUUUGCACUUAGGCACAGGAACUAACGUUGUUAACAGCACCAGCAACAGCGGCAGCAGUUGUUCUGUGUCAUCAACUGCUACAUUACAAAGUUUAAGCAAUAGCAAUGUCGGCCACUUAAUGGUGGGUUCAAAUCUUAAUAAUCAGCAGCAAUCAUCUCAGCCAUUGCAACAACAUUCACAUUUGCCACAUUUGCAUGUACCCAGUGCCAGUCAGUUUUUACGUGAUAAUUUCAUAAGUGGCACAGCCACUUCAGCUUUAAAUGCCAUUAUGGGGCAUCAACAUGUUAACGCAGUAUUUUCGACUUCCUCUUCUUCUUCGACAGCAGCCGCCUCCUCGCCUUCCACAACAACAAGUUCAGGAAAUUUAACUACAGGAACUGUCACCACCAUUAAUCCAAGUAGUGGAAGUCAAUCGGCUGGCGUUAUUGGUAGUAUCAACUUUGGUUUAACGAACGUAGCCGAUUCAUCAGGACAAUUGCCUCAUUCACCUACACCGCCAUUACAAAGACGUUUGGCUAAAAGUUUUAGUGUAGCGCCUACUUUAGUCCAACAGAAGGGUCUAAGCAAAGCUGCUUUGAUUGGUUUAACUAGCGCUAGAUCAUCUAAUACUGCAACAGCUGCGCCAUUAACACCCACAUCUGGACCGCCGUCCAGCAGUAGUUUAAAUUCUUUGCCGUCUUUGGGUUUGGAACAACGACCUCCACUGGCGACAGCACGACCCAAAUGUAAUAGCAUUUUGCAUUUAUUUGGCGAAUGGCUGUUCGAAGCCGCCUAUAUUGGAGGUGACGCAUGGCUAAUGAAUACGAAAAAACAAGCUUCUGAGGCUAGCAAGCGACCUUCCUCUAUGAUAAUGGAAAAUCGUAAAGGUAGUAUUUCCUUGUCGCAACCCAAUUCUUUAAAUGAUUCAAGCAGUCUACCGUCUACGUUGACCAUCGAUAAGUACGAGUCGGGGCGAGCUGAAGCUGUUGGCACUUUGUGUAAAAUAUUUUGCGCCAAAAAGACUGGUGAAGAGAUUUUACCAGUUUAUUUAGCCCGUUUCUAUAUGGCUUUACAGCAAUGUUUGAAAAUAACCGAAUCGAAAGAAUGCGAUGAAACUUUGGCGAGCAUUCUUUUAAAUUCGUCUGAUCUAUUCCGUUUGGAUUUGGAUGGUAUACACGUUUUAUUGCCAGCAUUUAUUGCAGCUUUGGAAAUUGUUUUGCCCGAUAAAGAUUUGAAAAUAAAAACUCAAGCUAUGCAAUUUAAUAAAACCGAACUUAGGCGUUCGGCCAUACAUAUACUAUUAUCGAUAUUAACAUUACCUUUGCAUUAUCAGACCCUGCCUAUAAGAGACUUAGUCGAGGAAAAUGCGGAGAGAUUGGUUACUUUUAUACAAUUAAAGCCACGUUUAAUCAAUAUUCUUAUGAAUGCUUUACAAGUGGAAACGGAUGCUCAAAAUACUCAUAUGCUAUUGGGCGGUUUGUUAUUAACUGUACAGGAUGCCGUUACAUUUGAGGAUACCGAGUCUCUAAAUGGUGACCAACAUAACGUACCCGUUACCUCGUCUGUUCCUCAUGGCGCAAAUAAUUCAGAAGCUAAUCUCUUAAGUUCAGCUUGCUCUGAGCGUUCCGCUUCCGUGGCUAGUGUUGGCAAUUCUAGUGUUCAUAGUGCGGCCACCAUUGGUAACUUAGCAAGCGCGGGUGCUACGGCUGGUAGUUCAUGUCAUGGCUCAACUGCAGCAGCUGCUACUGCUAAUGCUAAUAACCAUUCGCACCGCGAUAACAGCUCACAACACGAUUAUCCCAGCUUAACCAUAUCCGAUGAUUUUCCUUUGGAAUUAUUGCAAGAAUUUGAAUCAUCUUCGGGUUAUGAUAAUGCUCAUGCUUUAUUUGUGCGCGCCACUUAUUUAGUUUGUCAUCGCUUAAUUUCCUCUUGGAAAGCCGACUUAAAUGUAUCUUUGGCUGCUUUAGAAUUGCUAUCGGGUUUAGCGCGUUUAUUUAUACGCGAUUCCGCCAGGAAAUUUGCAAAUGAAUCCUUAGUUAAAAUUGAAGAACCAAGUCAAAAUCUUACGAUAAUUUCCACAGACGCCUUAGAAUGUAAACGCGCCGUAAAAUGGAUAUGUGAUUAUAUUUGUUAUCAAUGUUCUCGACCACCACCGGCUCAUAGUAAAGAUUUGCAUAGCACUAUUGUUGCGGCCUAUCAAUGCACUUCGGCCUGGUUGAUGCAGCAUCCGUAUCUGUUGCAGGAUAAAGAUUGCUUACAAACAGUUUUGGAAGUUGUCGAAUUGGGGAUAUCUGGAUCGAAGAGUGUUGGCAAAUCUGGAGAUAUACCGAAGUUUAAAGAUGAAAAGGAAUUAAAGCCGGCAUCAAUGCGGGUUCGCGAUGCCGCUGAAAACUUGUUAACUAUUAUAUUAGAACAAGUUGGUUAUUUCCCAAGUGAAUGCGGUCCCGAAUCGAUAUCAUCGCUAUUGGACGAAGUGGCUCUAAUGAAACAUUGUAAUUCGUUGGAUACCACAAACGGUUCUUCAAUAACCACCGAACAAGCAAUAUCGAAGUUUAAGUAUUUUGUAACCGAAAAUUCAACAAUUUUGGCAUUACUGGAGGAACCGCUGGGUAAUGAUCAAGAUCCUCAACCGACAGUAACGUUACUUAUCCGUGGCCCCUUCGGUCGUCAUGCCUGGACAAUGCAAUUACGCCAUUUACCGCGGAGUAAAUCUGGCUUUAAAUAUCAUGCCGUCAACCCUGGUCGUCCGAUACCUAUGAACGAUGUACCACAGCGUAUAGAAUUCGAACAAAAAAAUUUUCCUGACGGUGUCGACAAAGUCACGCCAUGCGUAGCCGAUUAUUCAAUACCAACUUUCGAACAGAUACGUGAACUGUAUGGCAAUGAUAGUAUAAAACAGCUCGAAACUAUGCUAGAAAAUCAAACAAUACACGAAAAAUUAGCUUGGGCUGAAACCGAUAAUAGUACGGAGAACUUAUCGCAUGCUCAAGAAAGUGUACCACCGCCAGUUUGUCAUGAAUUUCAAGCGGCUCGGCUAUUUUUAUCACAUUUCGGUUUUCUGACAUUCGAAGAGCGCGAUCCAAAUAGUCCCGCUGAGACUUUGGGUACUCCAUCUCAAAGACCGUUGAUUGUGUUGGAUACAAAACGAAAUAAUUUUGCCCAAGAAUUGAACGCAUUAGAUAAACUAAGUGCACGCACUUACGAUACGGUUCAUGUAUUUUAUGUAAAGGCUGGUCAAAGUACGGCCAGCGAAAUUAUAGAUAACAUGUCUGAUGAGAAUGUACACACUUUGGAUCCACAUUUUGGUAAUAUGUUACUGACUUUGGGCUGGCCCGUUGAUAUAUAUGAGCAUUCGGGAUGGACGGGUUUCUUAGGAACUUCGUGGUCUUUGAAAAAUAAUGUGUCAAAGAAUGCAACAAAAUAUCAAAAUCAUGCUCAGUUACAAGACAUCAAAUUUAAUGGAGAAUCCAAAGUUUUAUAUUGGGCUGACGUUUCCUCAGAGAUGGCAUUUGUUGUGCCAACCGAAUGGAAUUUGAGAUCGGAAGUAGAUGGGCCUUGUCUAUCACAGUGCUCCUCGCUUGAUAAUACGUCAAAUACAACGAACAUUUGGAUGCGGCAAAAUGAAGCAAGCAAUCCCCAGACGGAAAGCGUUAAGAAUUCAACGCAACGUUCGAGAAAUCUUUCACUGGAAUUGGCUAAUAGUAAAAGCAAAGAACCGAUACCACCCACACGGCGUAAAAUUACUUCUAUGAAGCCAGCAUUGAUGGCGCAACCGCCGGCAAAAAUAUUUUUAGUAUGGCUCGAAUCAUUUGAAGAUCAUUUGCAUUUUCCAAUAGAGGACUUGUUGGCUUAUUCACGUACUGGAGAAGAAGCUAAUAUUGUACAUUUACCGCGAGCGACAGAUGUUCACGUUAUCUUUCUUCAUGCUUUGCAGUCAGGCCUUUUAAGAGUUAAGUUACAGGGUCCCACCGGACGUAUGAGUUUUGCUACACCUCUAGUGGACGGAAUGAUACUUAGUCGUCGUGUGGUUGGCAAUUUAGUAAGACAAACAGCACAUAACAUGGCUAAAAGGCGAAGACUGGAUAACGAUAAUUUUCAACCACCUCACGUACGACGUCGUUUAAAAGUACAAGAUAUAGUCCAAAAAUAUAAAGUUGAUCUUUCUGAAUCCGAGCUUUUGGUUCAUUUAUUUAAAUCGUCUUUUUGAGAAAAAAAAAAACAACAGUAUUCGCGUCGCUGGAUUUAUGCAUUUACGUAGCCCAGGCGAAAUAAAUGAAAAUUAAUGCUUUUAAAGUUUAUUUCAUUUUACUUAUAUUAAAAUUUGAAAGGGCAGAAGGG